UGGAGCUUGAGCAAGCCAAAGUCGAUCCAACUAGCCAUAAGCUAGCCUCCAGGCGUCACAGUUCGCAUCUCCCUUUCUUCGCAUUCAAACUACUCAUGAACCUGCUGUCCAUUGUUUUCUCAACGUGAGACCUAACAAACUUGUGUUUUUCAUCUCGAAUUUUGGAUGGGUGCUGGUCAAAACCGUACGCGACGUCUUUUGUUGACAGUUUCAGAGGUGACCCUUGGAAGCGCUGUACAACGCAUCACAAUCUACCUCAGUUGCAAGUCACUUCAGAACCUCUGAAAAGCAGCGCAUUCACAACGUAGCCCUCUACCAAGCCCACCGGUACACUGCAAUGGCUUCCACGCCGCCACCUCCGCGGCGUAUUCACACUCCACCAACACCGCUCCAUGGUCCAAAAUUCGACAAUUAUGAACCAUACUCCCCUAGGAGAUCGAGCCGAGUGGCCGCGCAGCAAAAUAAAGGAACCCCGAGCCCGCGGAUCAGCUCAUCACCUUUGAAGAAUUCGGCCUCUACCCCUCCGUCCACCACUCGGAGCGGUCGCACGCGCGCCUCGAAUCAGACAUUUUCGCCCCCUUCAUCGCCUACCUCUCCUUCGAGGCGCGUGCUAGUUAUUAGUCCAAAAGACUCGUCAAGGCGCGGACGGUCCGCCAAACAGUCUCGUAGCUCGCCACUUCCUGCUUCAGACUCUGAUACAGAUAUCCUACCCGAGAAGGAGACACACAGACGUACUAGCAGCAAGGACACCUUCGGCAUGCUGAACACUCCGUCAAAGACACCUUCACGCAGGCACAAAGAAACUAACCUCAAUGGCACAGCGCGACUUCUUUUCGGCGACAAUGAGGGCACACUGGCCCCCACGCCGAGGAAGCUUCGCAACAAGUCGAGAUUGGAUCCCUUCUCGAUCUUGGAGGAUGACGAUGUAAGGCCCGAGCCGAGCAGCAUCGAGAUCUACACGGAUACGAAGGAGCGAGUGCCAAAGAUGGAUGACGAUGACAGCAAUCCUUUCUUGACUAAGAAUGCGGCAAAACCAAGCGCAAGGUCGAGGGCAAAGAAGAAGAGCGCACGGGACACGCAAAUAGAAGAAGCAACAAAAAAUGACGAGGGUGUGGUUUAUGUCUUUCGUGGCAAAAAAAUCUUCCGCAAAUUCGACGAGCCUGUCGCCAAGGACAACGCCGCGCAUGCUAGCGACAUUUCAGACGACAAUCUCAGCGACAUGGACAUCCGCCGCAAAGCUGGCCCUGCGGCCUCGAGGCCUUUCCUUCGUUCGUCAAUCAAACCGCGUUUGCUCUUUCCAAACGAGGAGCAGCGCCGUGAACGUGAGGAAAAGGCUACAGAGGCCGAUGAGGAAGCUCUGACAGACAUUGAGAUGCCGCAGCCGUCAUCGUCACUCAAGGAGUUGUCCACGCCCACGAAAGUACAUUUUGACGCUGGUGAAGGUGGUGGUCAUAUUGCCACCCCGCCGACAACCGCAAGGGCGAAGAGGGUUAAAGCCAUCCCAGACGAGCAAUUGAAGGGUGAGCUAGUGGAUGCGCUUGCAGAGGAGCAGGUGAAGAAAAAGAAGAGGAGCGCUUUUGAUGCGUUUCCGCGACGAAAGGUGGGCAGUGCAGCAAGCACCAAAGGAACAAAGAGAGAAGGUUCUCCGGUAGGCGCCGAUCAGGCUGCUAAGCGUACACGCAGCGCCAUAUCUUCUUGAUCCUAACAUUCUCUUAUAAUCAUCAGAGAUGACAAAUUGGUCCAUGUUGGGAUGUGGCGCUAUCCUGUGAGACUAGACUCGCUGGCCACGUCCAUGCAUCUUUCCUUUUUCUUUUCACAUUCUGGGCAGGGACAUGAUGAUGACGAAAAACACUGGAAACCCCCAAAGCAGGAUAAUGAGCGUGGGAUUUGGGAAUUGGAGUAUGGCUUAGCAUGAGGCUGAAUAGGUAACUAAUCAGGGUAAUAAUCCAGGGCCGUCUAUGACGAUGUUUUGCUUUGAGGCAGCUACUGUGCUUGACGGCGUUGAUUUAACUGUGGACAAUCGGCCGAAAGAGAGCUGAAGCCACGAAACCGUCAGAAUAUUGGGGUAAUCGUCCC